GCCUGCUCUCAUCUCUAGAGGGAUGAAGGUUUGGGAGGGAUGGGCCAUGCAUAGGUAGCUCUCCACUAAGUGUCCUGUUCUGGGUUUCCAGAACCUGGGCUAGGUUCUGUCUUUGGCAUGUUUGCAAAGGCCCCACAUAAAUUUUCUUUUUUCUUUUUUUUUUUUUUAUCCUACCAUCCAUUCUCCAGACUUUCCUGGAGAACUGAAAUUCCAAAGUGCAGCUGCGGAACCUGCAGGCCACCGCCACAUCCUGGCUCAGGUUGGGAACGGCGUCACCCCUCCCUACUCUGUGCCCCCUCCUCCCAGAAAUCCACCAUGGAGAGUAAGGAGGAGGUCAGCGACACCGACAGUGGCAUCAUCCUGCAGUCUGGCCCCGACAGCCCAGUCUCCCCUGUGAAGGAGCUGACCCACGCCGUGCGCAAACAGCAGAGGGCCCUGGAAGAGCGGCUGGAGGCGUGCCUGGAGGAGCUGAAGAGACUCUGCCUCAGGGAGGCGGAGCUGACGGGUGUCUUGCCAGCAGAGUAUCCCCUCAAACCAGGGGAAAAGGCCCCCAAGGUCCGCCGCAGGAUUGGAGCCGCUUACAAACUGGACGAGCGGGCCUUGCGCAGAGAGGACCCCCUGAGCAGCCUGGAGCGGGAGCUGGCCCUGCAGCUGCAGAUCGCGGAGGCAGCCCGGCGCCUGUGCCGGGAGGAGAACCUCGGCAGGCAGGCCCGGCGGCAGCGCAAGCAGGCCAUGCUGCAGGAGGAGAAGAAGCUGAGGGAGCUGGAGCGCUGCCUGGGCGAGCAGCGGCGCACCAGCGGGCCCCCUUCCACCGCUGCCCUGCCCCUGGGCCGAGAGCUCAGUGCCUCAGAUGACAGCUCUCUAUCAGAUGGGCUGCUCCUGGAGGAAGAGGAAUCCCAGGUGCCAAAACCUCCCCCGGAGUCCCCAGCUCCACCUUCCCGGCCUCUGCCACCCCAGAGCCUCGAAGGCUUGCAGCCAGCAGGACCUGAGACUGGGGGCCUGGAGCGGGCCCCAAUCCAGAACAGCCCCUGGAAGGAGACCAGCCUGGACCACCCCUAUGAGAAGCCCAGGAAGUCUCUCGAACCCAAUAGCGAGUCCAGCAGCCCAGCCACCACGCCACAGGACGGGCCCGGUACCUCCAGCCUCUGGCUGCUGGAGACUGCCUACCAUGUGGUGCCCGUCCGCAGCAUUCCUGGCCAGCGGCAGGGCCGCACCAGCGCUCCAGCCACCCCUGAGAUGCAGGGGAGGAGGGGCCAGUCACAGUCUCUGAGGACGGAUUCCUUCCGGGCCGGUCCCGAGGGCCGAGGUCGCAGCGCCUUCCCCCGCCGCCGUCCCCCUCACUACACGGUGACCGUGCCCGACUCCUGCUUCCCCCCGACCAAGCCCCCGAGGCCGCACCCCGCCUACCACUCCUGCUCGGAGGACAGCGGCUCCGACGUCUCCAGCAUCUCGCACCCCACGUCGCCGGGCAGCAGCAGCCCCGACAUCUCCUUCCUGCGGCCGCUGUCCCCGCCCGAGCCGCCUCGCCACCGCGGGGCCUGGGGCCCGGCCGGCGUGCUCUACCCCAAGCUGCUGCUGCCGCCUGGGCAUUUGCCGGCCGGGCGCUACGUGCUGGUGGCCGAGAGCCCCCUGCCGCCGGCGGCCGAGUGGGAGCUGGGCCGCGCCGCCCUGGGCCCCGCCUACGACGAGGACGGGGCGCAGCUGCGCUGGCAGCGCCUGGUGGCCUCCCGCAGCCGCGUGGUGCGGACGCCCUCCCUGAAGGACAGCCCCGCGGGCCGCGCGCUCAGCAAGGCGACCGUCUCCGAGGAGCUCAAGUCGUGGCACGAGCGGGCGCGCCUCCGGAGCGGCCGCCCGCACUCGCUGGACCGCCAGGGGGCCUUCCGCGUCCGGAGCCUGCCCCCCAGCAGAGAGGGCUUUGGCCGAGCCUCAGGUCCCCGGACACAGGUGGCCACAGUGUAUGUGUCCCGGAGAUCACCCGAAGGGGCUCCUGUGCAAGUAUUUGUGCCUGAGAAUGGCGAGAUCGUCAGCCAGGUGUAACCAAGGCCAGGUGUCACUGCGUGCCCCACGUGCCUCGGCCCGGCUCCCAUUAAAGACUGUUCCACAGCAGGGCUGGAGUCAAGCCCUCCCACCCUUGAAUGCCUUCUUCAGCUCCUUUACCCCCAUCGCAGGUCGAUGAGCCGGGGCUGAGCCUUUUAUUUUUUAUUUUUAUUUUUUUUUCGGAAACCGGGCCUUAGGAUUUGUAUUUGUGGUUUGUCCUCAGGAUCCCUAUAAUAUGAUGAUGCUUUAUUCCCCACAGCUUGGUCUAUUGGACUUGAGGCCUUGCCUGUCUGACUGACAGCGGCAGGGGAUGCGGGAGGCAGAGGGGGCCAUAUCGGGAUUCCUCACAGACUCUACCCUCUGGCUCAGAGAAUGUCCCCACAGAACAGCUCCUGUCUUACUGCAGCUGGAGGAAUACUAGUGUGCCCCCCCCGCCCCCCAAUUUCCCAGCUCUCUGGGCACAGUAGGGGUGUCUGGGCAGGGGGAGAAUCUUCUUCCCCCUUGAUAAUGUGCUCUGUGAUGCACACAUGAAGUGGUAGGCUAAAGAGCAUACGUCCUGGGGGAGUAUUGUCUUCCUGGAUGGACCCUGCUCUUUUCCUCACCCCAUAAGCCCCCCCGCCAUAGGGGCCCCAGUCACUCACCAUAUGUUCUGUGUGCCCUGUGGGCUCCCACAUCUACUCAGACCUCUGAGCCUUGAAUUUGAGGCUUUGCCAGAUUGUAGCAUUAGGCGGCCCAGGCUGGGGGCUGGCCUGUGGUGUUUGGGGGAGGGCAGCUCAUACUUUGAUUACCUUCUCUGGGAUUGUGAAGCCUUGAAAGCCCACCCUUCCUUCUAUCACUUUUCAUUAUAGUUCUAAAAAGCAAUGCCUUCUGGAUAUUUUUGGAAAGGCACCAUGUUUGUGGCAUAUUCUCAUAGGAGGGGGUGGGGGGGUCACUGCCCCUGCUAUUCCUCACCCAGCUGUGCUUCUGCUCUAAGACUGGAUUUCCCUGAGAGUGGACAAGUCCUUAUCUUUACAAAUAUGGGGAAUGCUCACUCUUAAGGGCAUUCAUUAAUUGUCCCAUGUGCUAAGACUUGAGCAGGCCUGGAAACUGCGUGUGCCAAGACUAUCCCGUGGUCCCUGGGUUCUCAUCCUCGGGCCUUUUUGCCCUCCGAUCUCCUGCUCCAAGGAGAAAGCACAGAGUGGAGGCGAGGUGGCGUGAGGGAGAGCUGAGUUCUGAUUCUGCCCAUGCAGAACCCUUUACCCUCUGAGUGCCCCGGACUUGGACAGAAAUUAUCAAUAACAGCUUGCACCUCCAAUAACUUGGAUGCCUGAUCGCAAAAAAACACAGUUCUCCCCACUGGACAGAAGGCAGUGUGGCCAACUGCACGAGGUUGCCGAGGGAGGAACUUAGGUGGCCUGUCAGAACAAUCUGGGGGAGGAGAGGAGAGCCUGAGGGCAAGCACCUGCAUUUCUUUGACUGCACUCAGAUCACAUCCUGCAGCUCCCCGACUUUUUGGGUGGGCGCUGGCCCCAUUAUGGUCGAAUGUCCUACUUUGGAUUCUGUUCUCUUUCAUUUUGUCUCAAAGCCCAUUUCACUGGUGUACAGCCAUCUCCCUUCCCCGUGUCCUCCAGGGAACCCAGAGCUCCCUAGGCUGAGCCAGGAGACAUCCAAGCACCCCCCCACACACACACACGUGAGCGUCCUUUAUGUUAACUUAUUGGUUCUGUAUGACGCCCGGUACUUGGCUGUGAGGCCGGAACUGUGUGGGUUUUAGUGCCAUAUAUGUCAAUAAAGUCUGUUCUUUGUGAUUGG